AUGCUAGGCACUAUCUCGACACAACUAACAACAUCUCCCGAACGUGGAAACAUGAUCCAUAUCGGAGGCCAUCAUCUCAUUGACUCUCUUCUGGACGGGGGUUUCGAGUUCCCAACUCUAGUCCCUCAACGGUUGGAGACUACGAUCGCGCCGGCUCAAAGCGACGUGGGAAUCGAAAUGGAUACCUCACCAGUAAUCGAGCAUUCGACCGACUCGGCUGAAACCUUCCACAGCCUUAGCUCGGAAGCUGAGGCUGAGAGCUUGGUUCGCGCGAACCAAGAGGAGUCGCCGGCCCCCGUGCCCUCACCUCAUCCUCAUGGUAUCAGAUGGAUGCCCCGCCUCUCCGAAUUUCUCGAUGACAUCAAAUGUCUCCCGAUUGGCGAAGCACGCCUCUUGGAGACGGGAAAGACAAAAUUCUGCAACCUCCCCGUUAUCCGCAUCGGGCUCCGAUACAUCCCUGAUGGCGACGAUCCAGAACUCCGUACGGUUACGGUCACCCGCCUGCCAGUUCCCACGAGCCUUAGUGAGGUCCUUCGCUCCGUCCGCGGUGGAGACGUGCUCAACGCCACGAUGUGCGAUACCGUGGCUAUCAUUGGUUCCCAGACUGCCCUGCUGACUUUCACAACAUCCAUGGGGGCAGCUGGGUUUGUCCAAACUGCACGGAGCGAAGGGUUCUAUGUUGGAUUCCACAAGGCCCAUGUCGAACUGGUCACGCUACCCACAUAUCCGAUGCGUCGAAUUUUGCAAGAUCGGAUCAUCAAUCGCGGGCGUACCCGAGCCUUGACCGCCACCAGUGCCAACGGACCCACCAAAGACAUCAUUUACGGGGUUCUGUCUUCUUCCCUGGUUGCCAACCAUAUCGAGGGCUUCAAGGAUCACCGAAGCCAGAAUGAAGUGACCAUCCUCUUCUAUUCAAUCGACAUGGCCAUGCGAGCGUUCAAACUUCUUUGUGAAUGUCCCAGAAUCACAAAGAUCUGGUUCGGAAGUGAUCCCUGUGGCAGGACCUACCAAUAG